AUGGGGAAAAGAACGAAGUGUCCAGCUCUUCGUAUCGCAAGCUGGAAUGUGCGAUCCAUGCGCACAGGGGUGGGACGUUCCGGCUCAGCCCAUUUACUGCACAGGGUCAAAUUUGCUCUCUCUCUCUCUCUCUCUCUCUCUCUCUCUCUCAAAUUUGAUCUUGCUCUCUCUCUCUCUCUAUCGAUGUUUCUCUCUCUAUCGAUCUCUCUCUAUCGAUCUCUCUCUAUCGAUCUCUGUCUCCCUCUCUCUCUCUCAACAAGUCUUUCCUCAAAGCAUCCUGGAGACAUCCAAGUUCAAAUCAUUGGCUCCAGGCGCAGCUCUCUACAGAACCUGAGCUUACACUGCGAAGACUGCGACACUGACCACCCCGCUUCACGGCCAAAGCGCAUUCCAAGAAAUCCUGCAGUUGAUUACGUGUUUGGAAAAUCCAAAUUCAUUCCGUCUCUCCUUCUUCGAGUUAUUCUUGGAACCGGCAGAAACCGCCGUACGCUUCGAUUCCAACAUUCCAACAAAAAGAUGAGUCUCUCAUCAACGAUUCGUGCCAAUCACAGAGUAGCCAUGAUAACGCCAGAACGAGGCUGUGAUUAUCAGAUCGGUUGCCUCUUGAGAACAGGCUGCAAUCAAACGUUCCUACAGAUGUACACGCCCUCAUAUCUUCCCCACUUUCCCGCUUCACGUUACACGUUUCACCGCCCUUGCUUAGUAUUACAGCCGUCGCUACGUCUUUCUUCCUCUCGAAGCACUUCGGCUCCUUCUGAUGGACCUGGAUUGACGUGUGCAAUCAAGUAG